CACUCCCGCGCUCAUCACUCAAACACGCGCACACACGACUCAUGGACCGCGCGCGCUGAGCCCAAACUGAGCGCACGCACUGAAGUCGGUCUGCCGUUCAGCCCCGCGUAGUUUCCGAUCACCAUGCGCGCGUGAGCGAGGACCUCCCGCUGGCAGAGGUCGACGCACAGGUCCCGGAGAGGACGGAAAGACCUCGCGCUGCUGCACGCUCCCGACGGGGACGAUGUUCUCAGCCGCGGGGAAGCGCUGCUUCACCAUCGAGUCUUUAGUGGCGAAGGAGAGCCCGUUGUCGGGGGAAGAGCCCGUGCGCCCCGCCGCCCUCACCUACACGCCCCCCACAGACUCUUUCCUGGGCGGCUAUCAGAGCCCCGCGGGCCGAGCGCUCUACACCAGCCCGGAGCUCGUGUUCCCGGACGCGGUGAGCCACGCGCCUCUGAGCGCGCACCCGCACCAACUCGGCGGUGCGCACCUCCAGCACCCGCACUUCUUCAGCGCGCAGCACCGAGAACCCAUCAACUUCUAUCCGUGGGUGCUACGGAACCGGUUCUUCGGACAUCGAUUUCAAGGGAAUGAGGUGGCUCAUGACUCGCUGCUGCUGCACGGGCCCUUCGCCCGCAAGCCGAAGCGGAUCCGCACGGCCUUCUCUCCCUCUCAGCUGCUGCGCCUCGAGCGCGCCUUCGACAAGAACCACUACGUGGUGGGAGCGGAGCGCAAACAGCUGGCCAACAGCCUCAGCCUGUCCGAGACUCAGGUGAAGGUCUGGUUCCAGAACCGCAGGACCAAGUACAAACGGCAGAAGCUGGAGGAAGAGGGACCGGAGAGCACGCAGAAGAAGAAGGGCAACCACCACAUCAACCGCUGGAGGAUUGCCACCAAGCAGACCGGCUCUGAGGACAUAGACGUCACAUCUGAUGCCUAGAACCCAUUAGAACGGGCCUAAACUCAAACACAAGGCCAAACAAGCUCUAUUUAUUUAUGUUCUACGCCAUGACCAUGUCUGAGUUAAACGUGGCUGCUGAGGACUGUAUGUGUGUGUGUGUGUGUGUGUGUGUGUGUGUGUGUGUGUGUGUGUGUGUGUGUGUGUGUUGAUGUGAAAGAGGGAGUGAAUGUGCAGAGAUGUGGUCAAUGUGGAGACCCAGUCCAGCUCUCUCUACCACUAACUACAGAAACUGAACAUGGACUCAGUUAUACCAGGACUCACUUUCCCCACAGUAGCUGAAAAGAGUGGCCACACUCUUUUACUGCCUAUAAGCAACAAAAGCAAUUAUCAAAUCAUUUUCCUCAUUUUAUUUUAUUUAUAUUUUUGUAGUAUUUUUUAUUUUAUAUUAAUACCCAUGUCUGAAUAUUUAAGGGUUAAAUUACACAGUCCUAUAAAAAGUUCACACACCCCUGGUUUAAUUACACAUUUUAUUGAUUUGAAAUGAGUUAAUGCAUCUUCUGCAGAGAAAACACCUCUGCACAUGUUAAUACAUGUUAGUACAAUUACUGUGUAUUUACUGAAUUUAACGUAUUGGGAAAAAUAAUAAUGGAACAUUAAAUGUGACCUGUGCAAAAGUUA